AUGACAACAGAUAUUAUUGAUAGUCUUAUUGAGAAACAUCAAGACCAAUUCCAUCAAUCAAUUUCUCAUCCUUUGACGAAUGAAUUAUGUCAAGGGAUUUUACCAGAUUAUAAAUUAUUCACUUAUUUAAUUCAAGAUUUAAAAUUCUUUCAAAUUGGGUUAAACUUAUUUGGAAAGGUCUUAGCGUUAUGUGAUGAUCCAAAACCAUCAAUUGUGUUAGGUAAACAAAUUGGGUUUGUCUCUAAUGAUGAAAAUGAUUAUUUCUUUACUUGUAUCGAACAAUUAAAGACUGAUAAUUUAGCUCAAUUAAAACAAUAUAGUGGAAAAAUGUUACUUGAUCCAGCUCCAACUUUACCUGCUGUUCAGAAGUAUCUUGAUUUUCUUAAUUAUUUAAUCUUUGAAUCCAAAUCUUAUAUUGAAUUAAUUACGUUCAUGUAUGUUAUGGAAAAGGUUUAUUUAGGUUGGGCUGAAUAUAAUGAACAUUUAAUUCCUGCCAAUUUACCUUAUAAAUAUCAAGAAUGGGUUAGAUUACAUAGUGGAGCUGAUUUUACUAAAUGGGUUGCAUUCUUAAAGAGUGAAGUGGUUAGAGUAGUUAAGACUGAUGAAGAUAAAUAUGAGUGUGAAAAGGCCUUUAUAACUGCUUUAACUCAUGAAAUUGAAUUCUUUAAAGCAACUUAUGAAUAUAAGGAAUAA